UUUUAAUUACCCCAGAGAGUACCCUUGUAAAUAUUGAAAAAGUGAAUAACUCCUUCACAACUAAGAAAAAGCAGAGACACUUACACAAGUUUGUAGCAAUGCUAUUUAAUAGCUAAAAUAUUGCAAACCGUCAGUCAGCAAAAUGUCAGUCAUGUCAGUACCAUAUCAAGUUACAAAAUAGAUAGAAGAAAAAAAUAAGCACAAAGAUAAAUGUCAGAAUCCUUUCAGGUCAACAUGUUCUGGCAGUGUGAGCUUGCCAAAUUUCACUGGUACUGAGCAAGAUGUGAUAGCUCCUCCCACCUCCUGAGCAGCUAUUGGAGGAUAUGUUUACGCCUCUCCGACCAUCUGCCUUCACAGGGCAACAUCCUAUUGAUUCAUCCCCCAAGGGCACAAGUUCAUCAGACACUCAGGAGGCAACCUGUCCCGUGGCAUAGUUCCAGGGGGUGAAUGAAUUAGUGGAAAGAAAUAGACUGCCUCACUGUAUGGAGCUAGGAAAGUGGGAUGAGUAAGCAUAUGGAGACAAGCCUGCAUGCUACAUAUCACUGUACAGCAGCAAAUGUACUGAAUCAGCAAUCCUGUACACAUCACACUGUGCUCCCCAAGCAGCUCUGUAUCACAGAGUGGAGAGUGGCCUGAUGUUUUUUGGUGGGCCCCUUGGCAUCCCAGUUCAACACUGCCCCACAGUGCUUACCAUUUCUGUGCCAGAGGGGGUCGGAUGGGGGCUAGUGCAGAGGGCACAAUUAUGCACUAGAAGAGAUACAUUUCUGGAUUAAAAACUGGAAAUUCAGCUCUUAAAAUUACCAGAAGUAAUUUUUUUGCCACCCCGGUAACUUGUUUGGCGCUACCGCCUUUUUCAACUCGCCUCAUGUCAGUAUCGCACCUGCAGUUCUCUACAUAUCAGACUGAAAUACCUCAGCAGCCCUAUACCUAAGCAGUCUCCCCCCCAAGCAGCCCUGUAUAUCACGUUGCACUGCCCAACAGCCUUUCAUAUAUCACACUGUGCCCUGGUGGUGUACAGGCUGCUAUAGACAGACAUCGCUUAUUUCCAAGUGUCAAGGCACCAAGUUUAAAGGUACACCGUAUUUCCUUUCAUCCUGGGCAGCGCACUUACUAAUACUGUUGCCUGCAUUCUUUCUAAGCAGUCCAUCUGCCACCCUGCACCCUCUGCCUUCUGAUUGGAUGUUCUGCUGGGCCCUGUGUGAGUGACAUGUUGCACCCUGGUUAUCCGUCUGCUGAAUGGAACUGCUCUUCUCCACCCUCCUCCCUGUCGGACAGCAGAAGAGGCCGGGUUUAUUUUUAUCUUCAUACUGUUGUACUAGAGAAAAUGAUUUCCCUCCCCCAGCAGAUAUGUGCACACACCUUAGAGGGAAGAUUGGGCAGUGCUCUGCUCCAGCAUCCCAGCACAUACCACAUAGGAAUGCCACCCACCAGUAAAACGGAUGCCACUGUUGAAAAGAAAAAAAAAUAUAAAAAUAUAGAAAGACCAGUAUUUUUCAGCAAAAAAGGUGGCAAUCCUAUUAACAGUGCAGUCCCCCAGCAGCCUUGUACACAUCACAUUCUGAAUCCUGUUCACAUCACACCAUGCUCCCGGCCUCUCCCCCUGUUAACCCUAGGGAUGCCACCUGGCUGGUAUUUUAUGAUGGCUGAUCCCAAUGUUAUUAAUAGGGAAAAACGUAAAUAUAUAGGAAGGCCAGGUUUUUUUCCCAAGAAAAGUUGGUAACCCUAGUUAAUCGCCAUACCCUACCUUUCCCCAGAGGUACUGUGCGGAUCACCAAGCCUCUCCUCCAGCACUCAUACAGAUCACACUGAAUUCCUACAGCCCUUAACACUGCCUAGAGCUUUUAAUGCCCCCACAAGUCAGCCUGUCUGUAUAAUACUACAGUCUCCCACAGGUCUGGACUGAGAAUCAAAAUAGGCAUUGGCUUUUCAAGAACACAGAGGCCCAAACAGCCCACAUAGAGGACCAAAAAGCCCCCCACCAGACCAAUAAAUAGUGAGUGCCUAUGGCAUCUAACAACAGCCCCUCUGGCAUUUGCCAGAACCCACAGAUUGCCAGUCCGGGCCUGGUCUCCCAGCAGUUCUUCCCCCUGUCACAUUUGCUCCACGCAGUGUAAUUAUGAAAACUUUCUAGCAGCGUAACCCGGCACCUACACAAUUCUACAUUCAUCUACGUAGCAGCUAAACCCACACCACAUUGCAUCACCCCUCCCUCAUAUUGCUUUGUCACAUGGCUUCGACGUCACGAUCUAGUCCAAGCCAAUCCACUGUAGGCUGUACCACUUGCACCGAGGUUACCCUGAUCACACGAUCCCUCUGUCAGAUUCUGAAGGGGCGUGUGGGGUAUAGGCUUAAGGCUGGGCAACGUGAUUUCACCUGUAAACAGAGGCAGGGCCGCACUAUCGUCUUGCUGUACGGCUCCUCUCAUUCAUUCCAACCAUCCAAGUUGCUGGGGGAGGUUGUCGCUGAUCUUCUUUAAGCAGAAUGGAGGAGUCUUUGCCUCAAGAGUUGCUUGAUCAGCAUUCCCAUUUCAUCAUUGGCUCAGUGUCCGAGGACAAUUCAGAGGACGAAUUUAGCUCAAUGGUCAGAGUGGACCUAGAUGAUAAAGAGAGAUCUUCAUCUCCAGCAUCCAUAGCCUCCACAACCUCGGAUACCCUUUCUGAUAUGGGGCUCUCAAACUAUCAGGAUUCUCUUGCUCUGCAAAUGAGGCCCAGCAUGUCAGGUUUGCACUUGGUCAAACAAGGACGGGACAGAAAGAAAAUUGACUUGCAAAGAGAUUUUACGGUUGCCUCUCCAGCAGAAUUUGUCACGCGUUUUGGGGGGAAUAAAGUUAUUGAAAAGGUACUAAUUGCUAAUAAUGGCAUUGCAGCAGUCAAAUGCAUGCGUUCAAUCAGACGGUGGUCCUAUGAGAUGUUCCGAAAUGAGAGAGCCAUCCGAUUUGUUGUUAUGGUAACCCCAGAAGAUCUAAAAGCCAAUGCAGAAUAUAUCAAAAUGGCAGAUCAUUAUGUACCUGUACCCGGAGGACCAAACAACAACAAUUAUGCAAACGUUGAACUCAUCCUUGAUAUUGCAAAAAGGAUUCCAGUCCAGGCUGUGUGGGCUGGAUGGGGCCAUGCAUCAGAGAAUCCCAAACUACCAGAACUUUUGCACAAAAAUGGAAUAGCAUUUAUGGGCCCUCCCAGUCAAGCUAUGUGGGCAUUAGGAGACAAGAUUGCAUCUUCCAUUGUUGCCCAGACAGCUGGAAUUCCAACACUCCCAUGGAGUGGCAGUGGAUUAAAAGUAGAUUGGCAGGAGAGUGAUCUAAAGAAGAACAAUUUAAGUGUACCUCCAGAGAUAUAUGGAAAAGGAUAUGUGAAAGAUGUGGACGAUGGUUUGAAGGCAGCAGAAGUUGUUGGAUACCCUGUCAUGAUUAAGGCUUCUGAGGGAGGUGGAGGAAAAGGAAUCAGGAAAGUGAACAACUCAGAAGAUUUCCCCAACCUCUUCCGUCAGGUUCAGGCAGAAGUUCCUGGCUCCCCUAUAUUUGUGAUGAGACUGGCCAAGCAGUCACGUCAUCUUGAGGUACAGAUUCUCUCUGAUCAGUAUGGAAAUGCCAUCUCACUCUUUGGCCGUGACUGCUCUGUACAGCGACGCCACCAAAAAAUUAUUGAAGAGGCACCUGCAUCAAUUGCUACGGCUACAGUUUUUGAACACAUGGAGCAGUGUGCUGUGAAACUUGCCAAAAUGGUUGGGUAUGUGAGUGCUGGCACUGUGGAAUAUCUUUAUAGCCAGGAUGGUAGCUUUUACUUCUUAGAGUUAAACCCACGGCUUCAAGUGGAGCAUCCCUGCACGGAGAUGGUAGCUGAUGUCAACCUGCCAGCAGCACAACUGCAGAUUGCGAUGGGGGUACCACUCCAUAGAAUUAAGGAUAUACGAAUGCUUUAUGGACUCCCUGCUUGGGGGGAUUCACUCAUUGACUUUGACAGUUCACUAAAUGUCCCAUGCCCUAGAGGUCACGUCAUUGCAGCUCGCAUAACCAGUGAGAACCCAGAUGAGGGGUUUAAGCCAAGCUCAGGAACUGUCCAAGAGCUUAAUUUCCGCAGCAACAAGAAUGUCUGGGGUUAUUUCAGUGUGGCAGCAGCGGGCGGUCUUCAUGAAUUUGCAGAUUCACAAUUUGGUCAUUGUUUCUCAUGGGGAGAAAACCGUGAGGAAGCCAUCUCAAAUAUGGUGUUGGCUUUAAAGGAAUUGUCAAUUCGAGGUGAUUUUCGAACUACAGUAGAGUAUCUGAUAAAACUUUUGGAGACAGAAAGCUUUCAGCACAAUCGCAUUGAUACUGGCUGGCUGGAUCGGCUGAUCUCUGAGAAAGUACAGGCUGAACGCCCAGAUGCCAUGCUAGGAGUAGUUUGUGGAGCCCUGCAUGUAGCAGAUGUUAACUUUCGCAACAGUGUCUCCAAUUUUCUUCACUCACUUGAGAGAGGGCAGGUUUUGCUGGCACAUACACUGCUGAAUACAGUAGAUGUGGAACUUAUCUAUGAAGGCGAGAAAUAUGUUCUAAAGGUGACGCGUCAAUCUCCCAAUUCAUAUGUGGUGAUAAUGAAUAACUCCUGUGUAGAAGUAGAUGUACACAGACUGAGUGACGGAGGCCUCCUUUUGUCCUAUGAUGGCAGCAGCUAUACGACUUAUAUGAAAGAGGAAGUUGACAGGUACCGCAUAACUAUUGGGAAUAAAACAUGUGUCUUUGAGAAAGAAAAUGAUCCCUCAAUCCUGCGCUCACCAUCUCCUGGUAAAUUAAUUCAAUAUGUGGUGGAGGAUGGUGGCCAUGUUUUUGCUGGUCAAUGCUAUGCCGAAAUAGAGGUAAUGAAGAUGGUGAUGACAUUGACAGCAAUAGAAUCAGGUUGUAUACACUAUGUAAAACGAACUGGAGCAGCCCUGGAGCCAGGAUGUGUGAUAGCUAAGCUUCAGCUGGAUGACCCCAGCCGUAUACAACAGGCUGAACUUCACAGGGGCCCCCUUCCUCUGAUUCACAGCACGGCCCUUCAAGGAGAGAAACUUCAUCGGGUGUUUCACUGUGUUCUAGAUAACCUGGUCAAUGUGAUGAAUGGAUAUUGUCUGCCAGAACCCUACUUUAGCAGCAAGUUAAAAGACUGGGUUGAAAGACUGAUGAAGACCCUAAGAGACCCAUCUCUACCUCUGUUAGAGCUUCAGGACAUAAUGACCAGUGUGUCUGGCCGCAUUCCUCCAAAUGUAGAAAAAUCAAUCAAGAAAGAAAUGGCACAGUAUGCCAGUAACAUUACUUCUGUGUUGUGCCAGUUUCCCAGUCAACAGAUCGCUAAUAUACUAGACAGCCAUGCUGCUACACUUAAUCGUAAAUCUGACCGAGAGGUUUUCUUCAUGAACACACAGAGCAUAGUGCAACUGGUUCAACGGUACCGAAGCGGUAUCAGGGGGCAUAUGAAAGCAGUAGUUAUGGAUCUGCUCCGUCAGUAUCUGAAGGUGGAGACGCAAUUCCAGCAUGGUCACUAUGAUAAGUGUGUCUUUGCUCUCCGGGAAGAGAAUAAAAGUGACCUGACAAUGGUGCUGAAUUCUAUUUUUUCCCAUGCGCAAGUCACCAAGAAGAAUCUGUUAAUCACCAUGCUCAUCGACCAGUUGUGUGGCCGAGAUCCCACAUUAACAGAUGAGUUGUUGAACAUACUUAUGGAACUUACCCAGCUAAGCAAAACAACAAAUGCCAAAGUGGCACUGCGGGCCCGACAGGUCCUCAUCGCUUCACAUUUGCCUUCCUAUGAACUUCGGCAUAACCAAGUGGAAUCUAUAUUCUUAUCUGCCAUUGACAUGUAUGGGCACCAGUUUUGCAUUGAGAAUUUGCAGAAACUCAUUUUGUCAGAGACCUCCAUAUUUGAUGUUCUACCAAACUUCUUUUACCACAGUAACCAGGUGGUGAGGAUGGCAGCAUUGGAGGUAUAUGUACGGAGGGCUUACAUUGCCUAUGAACUCAACAGUGUUCAGCACCGACAGCUAAAGGACAACACAUGUGUGGUUGAGUUCCAGUUUAUGUUGCCAACAUCCCAUCCAAACAGAGGGAACAUCCCCACGCUUAACAGAAUGUCUUUCUCUUCGAACCUGAACCACUAUGGAAUGGUUCAUGUUGCCAGCGUCAGUGAUGUGCUACUGGAUACCUCUUUUACGCCUCCCUGCCAAAGGAUGGGUGGCAUGGUUGCCUUUCGGACCUUUGAAGAUUUUGUGAGAUUAUUUGAUGAUGUGAUGAGUUGCUUCUCAGAUUCACCCCCUCAGAGCCCUAUAUUCCCUGAAGCUGGUCAUACUUCACUUUAUGAUGAAGAUGAUAAUAAGAGCUCCAGAGAUGAACCUAUCCACAUCUUGAAUGUUGCCAUUAAAACAGAUUGUGAUAUUGAUGAUGACGGAUUGGCAGCCAUGUUUCGGAAUUUUACGCAGAGCAAAAAAGCCGUGUUAAUGGAUCAUGGUAUUCGUCGACUGACAUUUUUGGUAGCACAAAAGGAUUUCAGGAAACAGGUCAACUGUGAGGUAGAUCAACGAUUUCAAAGAGAAUUCCCCAAAUUUUUUACUUUCCGUGCAAGAAAUAAGUUUGAAGAAGACCGAAUCUACAGGCACUUAGAGCCUGCCCUUGCUUUUCAACUGGAACUGAAUCGUAUGCGUAAUUUUGAUCUGACAGCAAUACCAUGUUCAAAUCAUAAAAUGCAUUUGUAUCUGGGUGCUGCAAAGGUUGAAGCAGGCACAGAAGUGACUGAUUAUCGUUUUUUUGUCCGGGCCAUCAUCAGGCACUCUGACUUGGUAACAAAGGAAGCCUCAUUUGAGUACUUGCAGAAUGAAGGGGAGAGAUUGCUUCUUGAAGCAAUGGAUGAGCUGGAGGUGGCUUUUAAUAACACUAAUGUACGCACUGACUGCAAUCACAUCUUCCUUAACUUUGUACCAACUGUUAUUAUGGAUCCUUCAAAGAUUGAAGAGUCUGUUCGUAGUAUGGUGAUGCGCUAUGGAAGUCGUUUGUGGAAACUUCGUGUCUUACAAGCUGAACUGAAGAUUAAUAUCCGCUUGACACCAACAGGGAAGCAAAUACCAAUACGCCUAUUUUUAACCAAUGAAUCCGGCUACUACUUGGACAUCAGUCUGUACAAAGAGGUGACUGACUCAAGGACUGGUCAAAUCAUGUUCCAGGCCUAUGGUGAUAAACAAGGCCCACUUCACGGCAUGCUGAUUAAUACUCCUUAUGUGACAAAAGAUCUGUUGCAGUCCAAAAGGUUUCAGGCUCAGUCUUUGGGAACAACCUAUGUUUAUGAUAUUCCAGAAAUGUUUCGCCAGGCACUUAUCAAACUAUGGGAAUCUAUGGAAGCUCAUGCAUUUCUGCCCAAAAGCCCUUUGCCUUCAGAUGUUCUCACUUAUACAGAAUUGGUACUGGAUGACCAAGGGCAAUUAGUACAUCUGAACAGACUUCCAGGUGGAAAUGAGAUUGGUAUGGUGGCUUGGAAAAUGACCCUCAAGAGUCCAGAGUAUCCAGAUGGCCGUGACAUCAUUGUUAUUGGAAAUGACAUCACUUAUAAGAUUGGAUCAUUUGGUCCACAAGAGGAUCUUUUAUACUUAAGAGCAUCAGAACUCUCUCGAUCAGAGGGGAUCCCUAGAAUAUAUGUUGCAGCAAACAGUGGUGCAAGGAUAGGACUAGCAGAAGAGAUCCGCCAUAUGUUUCAUGUUGCAUGGGAAGACCCUGUUGACCCUUAUAAAGGUUUUAAAUACUUAUAUUUGACUCCUCAAGAUUACAAGAAGGUGAGCGCUUUGAAUUCUGUACACUGUGAGCAUGUGGAGGAUGAAGGUGAAUCCAGAUACAAGAUAACAGUCAUCAUUGGCAAAGAAGAAGGACUUGGAGUGGAAAACCUCAGGGGAUCUGGGAUGAUUGCUGGGGAGUCCUCUUUAGCCUAUGAAGAAAUCAUCACUAUCAAUCUGGUCACGUGUCGUGCAAUUGGCAUUGGAGCGUAUUUAGUCCGACUGGGUCAAAGAACAAUCCAGGUUGAAAAUUCACAUAUCAUCCUGACAGGAGCAGGGGCUCUUAACAAAGUCCUUGGCCGAGAGGUAUAUACAUCAAACAACCAGCUGGGUGGCAUCCAGAUAAUGCAUAACAAUGGAGUAACACAUAGCACAGUUUAUGAUGAUUUUGAAGGGGUGUACAACAUUUUGCAAUGGCUUUCUUAUAUGCCCAAGUGUGUAUCCAGUCCAGUUCCCAUUCUCACACCAAAGGAUUCUAUUGACAGACUCAUAGAAUUCACUCACACCAAAACUCCUUAUGAUCCUCGAUGGAUGUUGGCAGGACGGCCUCACCCCACUCAAAAAGGGCAGUGGCUGAGUGGCUUCUUUGACUAUGGUUCUUUCAUGGAGAUCAUGCAGCCAUGGGCACAGACCGUAAUUGUUGGAAGGGCUAGGUUAGGAGGCAUACCUGUAGGAGUGGUUGCUGUGGAAACAAGAACUGUAGAGUUAAGUGUACCUGCUGAUCCUGCAAACCUGGACUCAGAAGCCAAGAUAAUCCAGCAAGCUGGCCAAGUUUGGUUUCCAGAUUCUGCCUUUAAAACUGCCCAAGCCAUCAAAGAUUUUAAUCGGGAAGGACUUCCCCUUAUGGUGUUUGCAAACUGGAGAGGGUUUUCUGGUGGAAUGAAAGAUAUGUAUGACCAAGUGCUGAAGUUUGGGGCCUACAUUGUAGAUGGUUUACGUGAAUACCGCCAGCCAGUGUUGGUAUACAUUCCUCCUCAGGCUGAACUGAGAGGAGGCUCGUGGGUAGUAAUUGACCCCACAAUAAACCCAAGACACAUGGAGAUGUAUGCUGACAAGGAAAGCAGGGGGGGUGUUUUGGAGCCAGAAGGAACAGUAGAAAUCAAAUUUAGGAGAAAAGAUUUGAUUAAGACUAUGCGACGCGUUGAUCCAGUCUACAUUCACUUGGCAGAGAAAUUAGGGACACCAGAACUCAGUACUGCUGACUGCAAAGAACUUGAGACCAAGCUGAAGGAGAGGGAAGAAUUUCUGAUACCUAUCUACCACCAAGUGGCUGUUCAGUUUGCAGACUUGCAUGACACCCCAGGCAGAAUGCAGGAAAAGGGAGUUAUUACAGAUGUUAUUGAGUGGAAGACAUCGCGCACAUUUUUCUAUUGGAGGCUAAGGAGGCUGCUUUUGGAAAAUGUUGCAAAAAAGAAGAUUCACAGUGCAAAUCCUGAACUUACAGAUGGUCAGAUACAGGCUAUGCUGAGACGAUGGUUUGUUGAAGUAGAAGGAACUGUGAAGGCCUACCUGUGGGAUAAUAAUAAGGAUGUGGUUGAGUGGCUGGAGAAGCAGCUGGCAGAAGAGGACGGUACUCGUUCUGUGGUUGAUGAAAACAUCAAGUACAUCUCCAGAGAUAAUAUCCUUAAACAAAUCCGCAGCUUGGUGCAAGAAAACCCUGAAGUCGCUAUGGAUUCCAUUGUGCACAUACAACAUAUUUCACCCACCCAAAGAGCUGAAAUUGUGCGCAUUCUGUCCACCAUGGAUUCCCCAACUUCCACCUAAAAGGCCCUUUGGUUUUUGGCAGAAAUGCCAGUAUGGUCUAAUUUAGUGGGACAACGCACAAGAAAAUCUGCAUUUCCAUCUUUAUAAAAUUGUACUGUAGUAGUUAUGUAGCACUUUAUAGACAAUGUUGACCAUAUGACAAAUUUGGAAAGACACUUAGCAAGCAUGAUAGCCUUGAGAAAUGUAAUUGUCUAUAUUAUCUUUGUUUUUAAUAGACCUCCAAUUUAUUAUUAUUUGUUUUUAACAUUCCUGCAGUAUUACAUGGUUCCCUUAAAAGCUACACAGUCAAGGCUGGUGCGAUACGUUUACAAAUGUAGACGUAAGGAGUAGACGUAAGGAAGCCAUUUUGAAUAAAACUCUUCUACUUGCACUUAGUCUUGCGGAUCACAGAUUGUCAGAAUUAGUGGGAUUUAACAUUGUAGUAUAGCUGUACAUUGAAACUGAUACCCCAUGAGGGGGAACUUUUAAAAUUGUAGUAUUUCUGCCUUAAUGGGGUGGUUCACCUUUAAGUUAACUUUUAGUAUGUUAUAGAAUGGCCAAUUCUAAGCAACUUUCCAAUUGUCUUCAUUAUUUUUUUUUUUUUUUUAUAG